UGGCUCAGUGCGCAGACGCGUACGGCGAUGGCGUGAUGGACCGAGUUUUUUGUGCUUGUUCCGCGGUGUCGGUCCGUGCUUCUUGAAGGUUUGAUCUUCCUUGUUGGUGGCUGGCGGGGAAGGGGGAGGGCCAAGGCGGCGGCAGCAGCGGCAGCGACGGCUGAUGCUCGAGGGGGGCUGGGCCCCUUUUCACGCGUAAGUCACCAGAUCUAUCCGUUUUCGUGAGUGCCGCACACGCAACUCAAGCAAGAACAAGUGAUCCGGGGUUCCAAGCCUCUGAAUGAGUGAGUGAGAGAAGGAGAGAUCCCGGAAGCAAGAAGCGAUCACAGGGUUUGUAGGGUGUAUUCCUAGAAUGUAUCUCGAGGAGGGCUUGAUCCAUCCCGAGCAAUGCCUGGAUGAGCAACGGCGGCAGCAGGAGGGGCAGGAGGAGGAGGAGGAGGAGUUUGAUCACUUUGAGCGGCUGCCCGACUCGUUGCUGCUCACCAUCUUCAACAAGAUAGCCGAGAUCAAGGCGCUGGGCAAGUGCUGCGCCGUGUCCAAGCGCUUCAACAGCGUGGCGUCUCAGGUGGACAAUGUGGUGGUGCGAGUCGACUGCGUGCUAUCGGGCGAGGACACGAACUGCAGCAGCAAGGCCAGCAAGGGGCUUGUGUCCAGCCUCGUCAAGCUCGUCUAUGGCAGCCUCCUCAGGCCCUUCCAGGUACUGCAACAGAUGCUCUCCUUCAGCGCUGGCGGGAAGAAGAGCUCAGGCUCCCGGCCGGUCUCCGCCACGGAGGUGUCUCACCACUCUCCGGGCGAGGUGCUGCGCAACUUCAAGGAGAUCCAGACGCUACGGAUUGAGCUCCCGGGUGGGGAGCUGGGGCUGGAGGAGGACAUUGUGUUGAAGUGGAAGGCGGAGUUUGGGAGCACGGUGCAGAGCUGCGUCAUGCUGGGUGCUUACAGGGAGAAGGUGGCGGACGUGAAACCGCUUGAAAGCAAGGAGGCGGCCGAGGAAGUCAAAGUUGGCGAUUGCGAUCAACACGAGGGGGAGCGGGAGCAGCAGCAGCAGCAGCAGGACGACAAUGGGAGCAUUCCGGAGACGUUCUACACGGAUGGAAGCCUAAAGUCGAGAGUGGUGUGGACAAUCAGCUCGCUCAUCGCGGCGUCGGCCCGGCAUUUCUUGCUGCAGCAGAUCAUAGCGGAGCACCCGACGCUGGAGAGGCUGCUGCUGACGGACGCAGAUGGGCAGGGAACGCUGUGCAUGAGCAAGGAGCAGCUGUGCGAGUUUCGCGACAGUCCGAUCGCCGCCGCCUCCGUCUCUUCCAACCGGACUCAGGUCCCCGCCCUCAACAUGAAGCUGUGGUAUGCUCCCCUGCUGCCGCUGCCCGACGGCACCUUGCUCCGCGGCGCCACCCUCGUCGCCAUCCGGCCCAGCGACACGCCGGCGCCCAAGGACCUCCAAAGCCUCGUCGCCGGCGCGUUCCAGGAGCCGUAUGCCAGUGCCGCCAGCCUGCUGGUCAAGCGCCGGACUUAUCUCCUGGAGAUGAACGCGUUCUAGCGCUUUUUCUAGAAAGCAGGGAAUGCCAUUGGCUAGGUGUUUGAUCGAGCAUUGAAAGCUCUACAGUCUCUGCGGACCUCGCCCUGGCUGCCGGUCUUGAUGCCGGUGUAGCCCAGCUUCACCAUGGCUUGCAUGAAGGCGAAGAAGAAGUCUUCCUGGCUGGCGGCCAAGCUGGCCACCACGGGCGACGUCCGCUUGUCCAGGGCCAGCGCCUGAUCCGACACGAGCAGGCCCCUGUUGUUUUGCAGGUUGCGGUAGUAGGAGUUGUCAAAGGCUAAGGGCGUGGUGGCGUCGAAUCCCCGCACCGUGUUGGGGCUCCCGCCAACUUGCGGGCACGAAGCCUUGAGCGACGCAGCUAGCGUCGGAUCCAGCGACGGGUCCGUCUUUGCGGCGCUGCUGAAGUUGUAGAGCCUCUUGGAGAACUGGUUGCAAUGGGAGAAUCCAAUUGUGUGUGCUCCUGCGAGGAACUAUAUCACUA